AUGACCUACUCUAAUAUAACUAGUGGAUUCAGGGCUAUAGGGAUUUAUCCUUUUAACCCCGAUGCCAUUCCCGCAACAGCGUUCGCUCCAUCUAUCCUGACGCAACGUUUACUGCCCGACACCAAUAGGCCAGAAGACGUCGACCAGCAACCCUCAACGUCCAAGGGUGUCGGAAAAUAUUUAUUUGCAAGACAAAAAGAAAAUGCCACCUCACACAUAGUGGAUUCAUCUGAUUCCGAAAAUGACUUGCCACUUCAAGAGUUACAAAAACGGAUUCACUAUCGUUCUAGAACGUCUUUCCAAAAACUUCUGGCGACACCAGAUAUGAAGCAAGCGGUUACUGUUAAACUACCACGGAAAAAAGCAAUAAACUACAAAGCACAGACAAUUACUAAGGACUUGUUCCAGCAAAAUCCAUCGAGCUCAAGGAUUGUUCCAGAUCAAGUUGCAGAUUGGUAUUGUCCAGCUUGCAAAGAAAAUCGUUUAAUCAGACAUGAGACAGUGCAUGAAAUGCCAAGUCUGGUACCAUGA